CAUCUCGGGUUCUGGUACCCGGACCAUAUCGAAACUCGUUCAAGAUUAGGGUACGAAAUCUGAUCUCUGAACUGAAAGAUUCCCAUCUUCUUCGUCUUCUUUUCAAGUGACGCUCAGAGUGCUCUAAUGGCGAUAUGCAACCAAUCUCAUUUCAGAUCCAUCUCCACCGAUCAUACUUUUUCGACUUCGAGCCUGUUCGUUUCCAAACGCACCUCUUCAUCCUUCGCUUUUCGUUUCCACAGCUUCAGAUGCAAAAGCUCUCUUAUCUCCAAAACCCUCGAGGUUGAACCAGAACCAGUCCUCACGUCCGUCAAAACUUUCGCACCCGCAACGAUAGCUAACCUCGGCCCGGGAUUCGACUUCCUUGGCUGCGCCGUUGAUGGAGUAGGCGAUUUCGUCUCUUUACGAGUCGAUUCAGACGUUCGUCCAGGUGAGAUCUCAAUCUCUUCCAUCAAUGGCGUCGGAGAUAGUUCAUCAAGGCUAAGCAAAGAUCCUCUCUUAAAUUGCGCCGGAAUUGGGGCGAUCUCCGCCAUGAAAAUUCUCGGGAUACGAUCGGUUGGUCUAUCGCUCUCUCUUGAGAAAGGAUUACCUUUAGGGAGCGGUCUCGGAUCUAGCGCUGCAAGUGCCGCCGCUGCCGUUGUGGCUGUGAAUGAGAUUUUUGGUCGGAGAUUGUCCAGCGCAGACCUCGUUGUCGCAGGGCUGGAAUCGGAGGCUAAGGUCUCAGGUUAUCAUGCAGAUAACAUAGCUCCGGCGAUCAUGGGUGGGUUUGUACUGAUCCGAUGCUACGAGCCGCUUGAUUUGAUCCGAUUGAGUUUUCCGAUCGAUAAGGAGCUGUUUUUUGUUCUCGUCACUCCUGAAUUCGAAGCUCCGACGAAGAAGAUGAGGGCUGUGUUGCCGACAGAGAUCGAGAUGUCACAUCAUAUAUGGAAUUGUAGCCAAGCAGGGGCGCUUGUGGCGUCUGUGUUGCAAGGGGAUUUGAAAGUAUUGGGGUCGGCAUUGUCAUCGGAUACCAUUGUGGAGCCGAAACGAGCGCCUCUUAUUCCUGGGAUGGAAGCUGUGAAGAAGGCUGCAAUCGAUGCCGGAGCAUUCGGGUGUACAAUUAGUGGCGCAGGGCCUACAGCAGUUGCGGUGACAGAUAAUGAAGAGAAGGGGAAAGAGAUUGGGUAUCGAAUGGUGGAAGGAUUUAUCAAUGAUGGAGGUUUGAAGGCAUCUGCAAUAAUUCGGAGACUGGAUCGGGUUGGUGCCAGGAUUGUUAGUAACAAUCCCAGAUGAAGAGCUAGCUACAUAUGUAUCUGGUCUCUUGGGUUUUGCUAAUAGAGAUAAUGCGAGAAUUUGGAGAGGUGAUUGAUUCUCUUUUCUGCACUCCCAAAUUAUUCCAAGUACGGAGCAUUGAUAAGCUUAUUUUGAGUAGUCUCCUAAAGAGGAUAAGAGAUGGAAAACCGCUUGAGGUCUUUUGAAUUCUAGUGAAUAUAUAAUCAUCUCUUGCUUCAUGUAAGUCCUUUCAUAGUCAUCUUGUAUUUGCACCUAUGGGUUACCCUUUGGACCAUAAGCACAUCUGCUAUGAAUGAAAUAAAAAGGACUUGUAAUUGUCAAA